AUGAGACCCAGGAGGGGGCCUGGGAACGGGGCGGGGGGGCGGCGGGGACUGGGGCCAGGGCAGCACCGAAGGGUGUGCGGGGAGGGGGGCGAAUCCACGCUGUACCGUUGGGCACGGUGCACGCUGCAGACCACCCAGCUCUGUGCUCAUGCCGCCCGUGCCACGCUGGACCCGCACUGCGCUCCCCAGUCCCCAGGAUGGGCUUUCGGGUGGCGGCAGCCGUCUUGGGUACCCAAAGAGGUGCACGCCUUGUAUGGAGGGGGAAUGCUGUGCCAAAUCACCCUCGGUAUGGAGGGGUCCCGUGCCCAUCCCCAUACCCCGGGGCUGGACAACUUGCCGUGGAGGGGUCUCGUACUCCGAGCUGCCGCGGGGCCUCUGCCCGGGGAUCUGGUGUCGGUGUCGGUGCCGGUGCCGUGCCUGAUGCCCGGCCCCCCUGCUCUCUCCCUGAUGGCUUUUCCUUCCCUGUUUCCCGGGAAACCUUCGCACCCGCCGGCACCGACACCUGCGAGCCUGGGAACGCAGCGGGAGGCCCCCUCCCAGCCCCGUCCUCCCCUCCCGGGUGUCACCGCGCUCGGGCCGUCCCCGGCAGCAACCCGCCGGUACCGGGGUUCAGCCGGGGCAACCCACAGCGGAGUGGGCAACAGGGUGGGGGCGCGAGCCUUUGAAGUGCUGCUGGUGCCGGCCACCAAGGUGCCAACUUCACACCCCUGGCCCCGCAUAAAGCCGGGGCUGCCGGGGGGCUGCAGCACUCACAGCCUCGCAGCCAUGGCCCGCUCGGCAGCCCCCGGCCUCCCGCUGCCCGCCACAGCCCCGCUGCAGGCUUGGGGGUGCCGCGGAUCCCCCGACCUCGAGGGCUACAGCAGCAGCUCGCCCGCGGCCUCGCCUGACUCCUGCGGCCUCUCAUCGCCCACCGCUGCCCGGGCACCCUGCCGCAGCCCUGCCGCUCCUCAUGCCAGAGGUGUUAAUGGGGGCAGGAAAGGGGUCCGGGCUGCGGGCCUGGGGGGCCCACGGCAAAGCGCCAGCGAGAGGGAGAAGCUGCGGAUGCGGCGCCUGGCACAGGCUCUGCUGCGGCUGCGGCACUACCUGCCACCCACCCUGGCACCCGCCGGGCAGAGCCUCACCAAGAUCGAGACCCUGCGGCUGGCCACUCGCUACAUCGCUCAUCUCUCGGCCCUGCUGGGGCUCAGCGAGGAGGUGCUGGCCCGGCGACGGGGGACCCUCCCCCGGCACUGCCCGCUCUGCCCCCAGGGCCUGGGGUGCUGCCAGGGCCCGCCCCCCCGGCUGUGCCCACCAGCCCCGCGGGAUGCUUCGUCCCCCGGCUCUGUGGGCUGGGGGUCACCUCCCACGCUGCACAGGUCUCCCGACAUGGAGACAGGAUCCUGGGGCUCCCCCCACUGUGCGCCUGUUGCGGAGAUCUCCCCAGAGCUGCUCGGGGUUCCCAACAUGGGGAUGGGUGUAUGGGGGUCACCCCCCUACAUCCCGGCCACGGAGAACCCCCCCGAGCCGCACGGGGCUGUAGCCUCCAACGCGUCCUCCUGGUUCUCCCCACCCCACUGUGCAGGGGCCCCUCUGGACCCCCUCAGCGACUCCCUCCUGGAUUCGGGACUGAUGCUGCCAGACUUCGUGGAUGCAGGGACAGUCACCCAGGACCUCUCCACGGACCUGCUGUCUCUGCUGGAGGCUCUGCUCCCACCACAGCCCCAGGACUGACCAGGAAGAGCCCUCUGACUCCCUGAUGCCAGAGCACCCAGUGCCACACCGUCCCA